AUGAAACAGGGCAUUGUCUGUCUUCUUGCACUGUUAUGCUACGCAGCGGCCAGGGUUCCGUCGCAAGACGAGCGCCAUUUGAUUGUGGAAGCACAUAACAAGAUCCGCGGAGGCGUCAGCCCCAGUGCCAGUGACAUGAAAAUGAUGAAAUACUCAACAAAACUGGAAAAAAAGGUAGAAAAGUCUCUGACUGCGUGCGUCUUUGAGGAAUAUAUUGUCACCGCGUACAGUAAUAAGAAAAUACAGAACCUGCGCAUGUUCAUCGACGAAGAGCCUACCUUUGCAAAAAUGAUCUAUGCGUUUGCACAGGAUGCACAGUUUUAUGACUUUGAAAACAAUACGUGUACCAAAGAAUGCAGUGAAUACAAACGGAUUGUAUGGGCCAAUUCCACCAGGGUUGGAUGUGCAAUGCAUAAAUGCGGAGCAUAUGGCCCUAGGCACCAGCACCCUGUCUACACUGUGGUUUGUCAGUACGAUCCAAUAGAUGAAAUUAAGGAGAAGAGACCAUACCAAAAGGGUCCCAGUUGCAGCAAGUGUCCUCCUGGAUACAAGUGUCGUCAGAAUCUGUGUGUCGAAACGCACGAGACAGGAACAGAUGUGGGGAACAGCACUCAGAUAACCACAACCGAUUCGUUGUAA